GCCGGCUGGGCCUCGGCCUCCAGCUCCACCCAUGUCUGUCCCGGGCUCCACCUCCUCACUUCGCCGCUGCUGCAGUCUGCCUUCCCGACCAAAGUCUGUCAGUUCGUCUGAUUUCAAGCAGCGGCGCGGGAUCUCUCGACCAAGCUGAGCGAUGCACCAUUCAAAGAAACUGACAAACUCUGUGGAACAUUGUGUGGAUGAUGCUUUGGAAGGACUCGUGGCCUGGAAUGUAGGAAUGCAGCUGGUGCAGGGACAUCGUAUCGUUAUCAGGUCGGACUUAAAGAACAUUAAAGGCAAAGUGGCAUUACUGUCUGGAGGAGGCUCGGGACAUGAACCAGCUCAUGCAGGCUAUGUUGGAGCAGGAAUGUUGACUGCUGCUAUUGCUGGAGAUGUUUUCACUUCUCCUCCAACUGGAAGUAUUUUAGCAGCGAUUCAGACCGUGGUCAGAGCGGGAGCAGCUGGUGUACUGCUGAUUGUCAAGAACUACACAGGGGAUCGGCUAAAUUUCGGUUUAGCUCUAGAAGAGACAAAAAUGAAGGGAAUUCCUGUGGAGAUGGUUAUUGUGGCUGAUGAUUGUGCCUUUACCAAGCAGAAGAAAGCUGGGAGGAGGGGUUUGUGUGGCACAGUACUUAUCCAUAAAAUAGCUGGGGCCAUGUCUGAAAUGGGAAAGUCACUCAAUGAAAUUUUAGAGAAACUGAACACCACUUUAAGUAAAUUGGGUACAACGGGAAUUUGUUUGUCACCUUGUAGUGUCCCUGGAUCUGGACCAACCUUCCAUUUGGAUGCUGAUGAACUGGAACUUGGGCUGGGUAUCCAUGGAGAAGCUGGUGUUGAGCGGAUAAAGAUGAUAUCAGCUGAUGAAGUUACACAAAAAGUUAUUGAUCACAUGCUAAGUCCCUGUAAUGAAUCUCAUUUGAGUUUGAAAGCAGGAGAUCAUAUUGUGCUGAUUGUGAACAAUCUUGGAGGAUUGUCCUGCUUGGAGCUGAAUAUUGUGGCCAAUUCUGCAAUUAAGUACCUGGAAAGUAAGGAGGUCAUUAUUGAAAGAGCUUAUGUUGGGUCCUUUAUGACAGCCUUGGAAAUGGGAGGAACUUCCCUAACACUGAUGCAUGUUGAUUCUGAACAACUGCAAUUCCUGGACUCACCUACUUCAGCUUCUGGCUGGCCUAAUGUAUCAAAGAGCAGCUUGGCAAAAAGAUGCCGGACUCAAAAUAUUCCUCAUCUGGAACCUGAACCUGAGAAUACAGAUACACUUCCUGGGUCAGGUCCUUUUGUUGAUAAGGUGCAUUCAGUCCUGGAUGCAGUUUCCACUACUUUGCUUCAUAUGGAAGAGGAGCUGAAUGAACUGGAUCGGGAAGCAGGAGAUGGUGACUGUGGCAAUACUCAUGCAAGGGCAGCUCGCGCCAUUAAGGACUUGCUGACAUCUGGUGCAGUUCCUGGGAAUGGUCAUCAGCUUCUUUUGCGCUUAGGCAGACUGAUUAGAGACCAAAUGGGUGGAUCUUCAGGAGCGCUGUACAGUAUUUCCUUAAUUGCUGCAGCACCAAAUCUCAAAGAUAACAACAAUCCUUCUAAUUGGUCUGCGGCGCUGGAUUCUGGCAUUAGAGCACUGAAGAGGUACGGAGGCGCAGAGCUAGGAGACAGGACCAUGCUUGACCCGAUGUGUGCUGCUGCAGACAUACUACACAAUAUGACAGAUGAAAGUGACAAUGUACUGCAAGUUUUAGCUGAAGCUGUGCAGAAAGCUGAAGCAGCUGCAGAAUCUACAAAAAAUAUGAAGGCAAAGGCAGGACGGGCUAGUUAUAUUUCUUCAGCCCAGCUCACCCGACCUGACCCAGGUGCUGUGGCCUUUGCUGCCAUUUUGAAAGCCAUCUUGACUGCACUGAAACAGCCCGCUCCUAAAGCACAAGAAUGAGUGGACCUUUUUUAGGAAUGUGAAAUCAAUGUAAAUUCAUUCACAUACUUUGUAUACUCUGCACACGUAACCUUGUUGGUCAGUGGGCACUGUCAUUAUUGCUGAUUUGCAUUUGACAUCUACCUGUAUGCACAUUUUCUCUACAUCAAUUAAUACCAAAGAUGAUGACUAUCCUUGGAAAGACUAACAAUAUUUGUAAUAUAACUUGGCAAGUAGAUAGCGAUUGUUAUGGGGUGCCGCCUUUUACAUUUGCUGAGUGUUUGAGUUCAUAAAAAGUCUGAUCGGGUGAUACUCACAUUGAGCACUGGACUAACUUCAUUCAGCUGCUGGUUUUAUUUCAGAAACUUUAAAGGACUGAUACCAAAUGGUAAUUAUAUAAAGACUCAUAUAAAACCUAACACCAUAGGUUUUGGAAGUAGUGCAAAAUCAAGAGCAAGAAUUUUGGUGAUUUUAUAAAUACUAAUCUAUGGUUUAUUAUCAGCAAUGCAAUAUUCUGAAUAAUUAUUAAAAUGAUUAAUACUACAACAACAUUGAGUC